AUGACUGUUGUUGUCACUUCUAACACUGUCUACCAGGCCUGCAACAACAACAAUGUGAGGGAAUUCAGCCGAGUCUUCCUCCCUACCCUCUACAGCAUUGUCUUCAUCGUGGGUUUCAUUGGCAAUGGCCUGGUGUUGUGUGUCCUUGUCAAGUACAACAAAAUAUCCAAAAUGUCAGAUGUAUGCCUCUUUAACCUGGCCCUUUCUGACAUCCUCUUCCUUAUCUCAUUGCCUUUCUGGGCCCACUACGCUGCCAACACUGAGUGGACUUUUGGGGUCUUCAUGUGCCAUACCAUGACAGCACUCUACAUGCUGGGAUUCUAUGGAAGUAUCUUCUUCAUGAUCCUCAUGACUGUGGACCGCUACGCCAUCAUUGUUUACAUCUUCAUCUCCUCCAAGCACUGGUCUAUCAGAACUAAUAUAGCUGUGGCUUUGUUUGUGUGGGCACUUAGCUUGGGAGCCUCUCUGCCGACCAUUAUUUUCUCCCAAGCGAAAAAUGAAUCAGGUAAUUGGUCAUGCAAAGUAGAAUAUCCACAAACAGCUUGGAUGUUGUUCUCUUACAUUGAGCUGAACAUCCUUGGUUUGAUCAUUCCUCUCACAGUGAUGGUGUUCUGCUACUCACGUAUCAUCCCCAUCUUAAUGGCCAUGAAGUCUCAGAAGAAACACAAAGUUGUCAGGCUCAUGGUGGUCUUCAUCAGUGUUUUCUUCCUCUUCUGGACCCCCUACAACAUCGUCAUCUUCAUGAAGUUCCUGCAUCACUUGGGCUACAUGGCCAGCUGUCCGUGGCAACAGAACCUGAACAUGGCUAUGCAGUGGGUGGAAACCAUAGCGUUCAGUCACUGCUGCCUCAACCCCAUAAUCUACGCCUUAGUGGGGGAGAAAUUCAGGAAAUUAUUUCAAAAGAUUCUGAAGGAGUGGUUUCCUCUUUGCUUUGGUCAUUGCACAACAAAUGAAAAUUGAGUUCUCUUAGAGGAGGACCUUUAUGUAUACAUGCUCCUCAGCAUAAAAUCUAAACUGUAACUAUUACUGCAUGUUAUCACUAAAGCCUAUUUCAAUUAGUAAAAAGUUCAUAGUCCAUAAUACAUUGCUUAGAGUACAGUCUUUCCA